AUGGCUCGCCGUCCUGCUAGACUCCAGUUGGAUCCCGAGUCCGUCAGUGCAGACACAAAGCCGCCGCAGACGGGCCAGGUGUUUAACCUGUGGUACAGCCGAUGGACUGGCGGCGAAUACAACGGCAGAACCGUCGCGCACGCUCGACAUAGAUGCCAUCCUACUAAAGACGCAGGCUAUACCAAGGCGGAUAAGCACGUGGAGCCAGGAUCUGUGAACCGCGACAAGUUCAUCUGUCUGUAUUUUGCCCGCGGAUACUGCACGAACGGAAAAAACUGCGACUAUCUACACCGUCUGCCCACAGACAUGGACUUUUUUCCUCAUACAGUGGACUGUUUUGGACGGGAGCGAUUUGCGGACUACAGAGACGAUAUGACCGGAGUGGGGUCUUUUAACAAGGUCAACAAAACGCUGUUUGUGGAGAAGUUCAGGUCGAUGGAAGGAAACGUGGAGAUGCUUGUAAAUAAGAAUUUUGGAGAGUAUGGAGAAGUGGAGCGCACCAGGGUGGUGAGAAGCAAAGGCAUAGCGUUUGUCACUUAUAGAUUGGAAAGCCAGGCCCAGUUUGCCAAAGAGGCAAUGUACGGCCAGUCUCUUCGGGAGGACGAUGACGAGGAGGCGCUUAAUGUCAAAUGGGCCAACGAGGACCCUGAUCCGGUGGCCAAGAAAAGAAACUACGAGGAGGAAGAGCAGACUGCGUUGGAGACCGCCAAAAAACUUUUAGUGACGAUGCAGGAGAAACUGAGACGCGUGGAGGAGCAAGAACAGGAGCAGGAGCCGAAGGACGGAGAAGAUUCGCGAGAGGAUGCCGAAAAUGCUUCUAAAACUCUUCCUGCUCCGCAGCCAUCGUCAAUUUUUGCGAAUAAGUCAUUAGAUGCUAUUAAAUUGGUACAGAAAAAACCGACGCUCGCGACGAAGCUCGGCUACGACAGCGAUAGCGACUAG